AUGUUCUUGCUCUCGCCUGCCGCGCUGGGCUGGCUGGGUGGAGAGCCGGAGACGCUGUGCACCAACACGUGCAAUACGGCCUCGUCUGGCCGGCGCAGCCUCGCCGUGCCCGCCGUCGAGGGCGUCUGCCAGGAUGGCGGGCCCGGCUCGCCAGCGCACAUAUUUUGGUGGAAGCCGUGCGACUAUGGCACCGACUGCGACGACUGCGCCGAAGGCGACUUGUGCGGGUACGGGACGGACUGCGCGGACUGCGGCGAGCGGCGAGCGGCGCGGCCGUGGUACGAGCAGGCGCGGGAUCGCAUCCGCGAGCAGGCGGCGAAGGAUACCGCCGACACGCAGGCUGCCCUCGCCACUCUCAAGGAGCGGCUGCACCUCAAGGAGCUCAUGAAGUUCGUGGCGGUCCUCUUCGGCUGCUGGGUCCUCUACGGACUCUACUUCACCUGGAGCUUCUUCUCGGAGGACUUUGCCCCUGGGAAGGGCGCGCCCGCGGAGCUGGGGGCGAGGGAGGCGGAGAUUGCGCAGUUGCGCAAGCGCGCCGAGGAGCUUGGUGUGGACGUGAUGCCGCGCGAGGCGAUGAAGCGGCUCAUCGCAGAGCACCUCGAGUCGGCAAGCAGCGGCCGGCCGCGCUCCGCCGUCGAGCUCGCAGAGGCGCUGGCGGGCUGGAACAGCCUAACGGCGGGCCUCUCCCUCGACCGCAGCGGGAAGCCGACCGAGGCCGAGGAGGAGGCGGGCGGCGACGGCGAGGACGGCGGCCUCGAGCACGGCGGCUUCGAGUCCUUGCACGACACGGCACGGCCCCCGAGCGUCUCGUCGCGCAUCCCGUCCGUGCGGCAGCACACAAAGACGGUGCAGCGGCUGAUGGAGGGCUUUGAGAUCCAAGUCAACUUGCGCCGGCCGGGCGUGGCCGAGGGGCUGGAGGUGGACGACUCGCUCGGGCAGGCGUUCGUCCCGUCGGGGAGGCCUUGCCCGCCCGUCUACCAGAGGCUAGCGACCUCCGAGCUGCUGCCGAGCCGCUCCAACCGCAGCUCGAUGCGCAGCGCCGAGCGGCGUCGCGCCUGA